CAAAUUUAUAAAAAAUUAAUAUAGGCCAAGAAUAUGGCAUUCAUCAAAUUUAAUUUGUGCCUUGUGGCUAUUUGAAAAGGCGCGAAGGUAGGAGUUAUAAAUAAACUACAUAUAGGAUGUUAUAACGAAAAUUAUAAAUUUGACCAAGAGUAUAAUCCAUAAAGAAUGUGAAACAUAAAAAUCAGGCAAGACUUUCUUUCUCCUUCCUAAAUACAAUGAAUUGCCAAGUAUUUCAUGAAAUUACAAAUUGUACAACUUAUGAUCAAGCCUUAACAGUUUCUCUUGAUCUAAAAUAUAACUUAUCUAAUGAGUCUGUAAAAACAAUAAGUGGUGAAAAUGUUAUUGAAUCUAUAAAAAAGUUAAAUGACGAAAAUGUCAUUUUUAUGGAAUCAGCACAAAACGAUAAUUCACAAAAUCAUUCUCAGGAUACUGAAUACACCCAUGAUGAUGUAUCUGAUAGACAUUCUCCAAUUGAUCCAAAGAGGGAACAUUCUGGCCUUGUUUUUAUGAUAAAAGAGUCUGGAGAUGUCUUAAUGAAAGAAUUGUCAAAUGAUGACUCAAUGAUAGAGCAGUCUGAGGAAGUUUCAGAUGAAGACUCCAUGAAAGAGCAUUCUGAGGAAGUUUUAAUGAAGGAACAGUCAGAUGAUGACUCAAUUAUGGAGCAGUCUGAGGAUGUCUUAUUGAUGGAACACUGUCAAGAUGCCUUACCCCUGCAUUGCUUUGAAAGCUCUCCUUUCUCUAAGCAAAGUAAUGAUGAUUUUCCGGGUGGUUCAGUGCAAGCAGGACUGUCUGAAAAUUUGAAAGAUGCACAUAUACCAAUGAAGUUAAAUGUAACUGCAUCGUAUGAGGAAAUUUAUAAACUUCAACCUCUUAAAGUAAGAUGUCUACAACCACUUAAGAAUCUUAGGAAAAAGUGUGAUAAGAUGGGUUUAAUAUUUUGUACUGCUGACUCAAGUAUAAAUGAAACUGCUUUACGCUUUGACUACAUGAUUCAAAAUUGUUCGGUAGAAGGUCUGUAUCCUUAUGAAAACUUGAAACAAUUAUGCGAAAAACUGAAUUUGAAAUUUCAAAAUGGAAACACUCAAUUGAUAAAGAGAAAAGUAGAUCUUAUCCUUGGGCAUAAGUAUAAAAAUGGCACUAUAUUUUAUUUGGUUAAAUGGAAAAGAUUGACUUCAAAGCGUAAUAGUUGGGUAUCGGAGAGGUUUCUGUUCCCUGAAUACAGAAGCUUAGUUAGUUAUUACAAAGUUGUUAGCCAUUUACAUUCAGGCUUAAAUCAAGAGAUGAUUAAGCACUUUUACUAUGAGCUAAUAAAUCGUCGACCUUAUGACAGUUUGUCUCUGAUUAAAGUGUGUGCUCUACUAUUCAACACUUCUGAAGACUUUAUGAACGAGUUAUCUUUUACCUACUCAGAAUUGAAGGACAAAAGUAAAUUAAUCCUUACCUAUCCAGUUAAAAAAUUGAAUAAAAUUCAGAAUCAAUUAUUAGACAUUAUGCAGUUUUCAGAGCGUAGAAAACGAGUUUUGAUUAACCUAAACGAAUGGGAGAAAGAUAUUAACAGUUUUAAUCCAGCGACAUACAUUGAAGUUCAAAAUCACGUAGACUUAGAAAUCGCUCCCACAAAUUUUCAAUUUAUUCAUGAUUAUGUUAGAAGCCAAGAAAUUGUAGAAGAGCCAAUAUGUUUCUGUGAAUGUGAAAAUUGCUUCGAUAAUAGAAAAAAUUGUUGCCCUCAUGAUUCUGAUGGUGCAUUUCCCUAUACUCGUUAUCGCAGGUUGAAUCUUCUGCCUGGUUAUCCCAUUUAUGAAUGUAACAAACGAUGUAAAUGUAGCAGUGAUUGUAUUAAUAGAGUUGUUCAGCAUGGUCAAAAAGUAAAAGUUGCUAUCUUUAGAACCUCGAAUGGUUGUGGCUGGGGUUUAAAAACGUUAGAAACUAUUCAGAAAGAUCAAUUUGUUCUAGAAUAUCUUGGUGAAAUUAUAACAUCAGAGGAAGCAGAAGCAAGAGGUGAACUUUAUGAUUUUAUAGGGCGAACAUACCUUUUUGACUUAGAUUAUGGAGAAGGUAAUUGCCUUUACACAGUUGAUGCUGGGCAUAUGGGAAAUGCUGGGCAUUUUAUUAAUCAUUCGUGUGAUCCAAAUCUUCAUGUAUUUGCAGUGUGGAUCAAUAAUCCAGAUCCAAAUUUGCCUAGAUUAGCGUUGUUUGCUAAAAGAAAAAUCAAUCGUGGGGAAGAGUUAACAUUUGAUUAUAAAAUGGUGAAAAAUAGAGAUGGAUUUGGUGUUGGUAGUUCACCUCCUGUAGGUGUAGAAUGCAAAUGCAAAUCUAAAAAUUGUAGAAAAUACCUCUUUUGACAUUCAACUGUAUUUUAGUGGUUUAAAAAAUUGGUUUAUUUUCUUAAUAAAUCCAAUUACUAAUUCAGAUUUGAAUUAGUUGUGGUGUAUAUAUUUAUUUGAAUACUCUCAAUUAUAUCUCUUAAUUCAAUGACUUUUAUCCUAUAUUACUUAUGAAAGAUCAUUGUUUUAAAUAUAUUUCAAUAAAAAGUCUAACUGCGA